AGCAGAGCAAUGUUUCAAAUAGUGCAGAUCACGAACCAUGACAUGGUUUGUCUUGAGCUCGAAGUUAUUUCCCAAUUCAUCUAGAUGGUGCCAAAAUAUACCCGAGAGAAGAUCGCUCAAAAAACUACCGGGCUUUAAUUACUUUAAAUCUGCCACAGUUUAACUCACAUCUCCAUAUUCAUUGUGUAUUCAAUCUCAACACGUUACUUUACCACAUUGACACUUUCCGCACUCCUCCAUUGACCAUCAGGCAUGGGUCAAAUCACAUUUGGAGAUGGUGUCGCUAUCGGCAUGUUGGUAAUCUACAUAUUUUGCCUUCCAUUCUCUAUUGCUGUCUGUCUGCGGCACGGGUUAGCCAGGGCUUCAGGCUGGAUUUUCCUCUCGAUAUUUUCUAUUCUCAGAAUAAUCGGCUGCAGUGCACAGCUAGUGACUAUCACACAUGCAUCUAAAACAGCGGUAACGGUUGCAGAGGUCACACAAGCAUUGGGCCUAUCGCCGCUGCUCUUGGCAUCACUCGGCCUGCUUGCAAGAUUACUAUCCUCCAUUCAAAGCUCCUCACAGGACUCAGCCUUAUGUUUUUACCUCAUCAGACUCAUUCAGACACCGUGUAUCAUCGGGCUCAUACUCUGUAUCGUUGGGGCAACCAACGCAUCCAGCCCCAUGGAUAUUUUCCAACAAGACACUCUUCGCGCUGGCCUGAUCAUAUUCACAGUGGUUCUAGGAGCCUUAUUUAUUCUCUAUAUAGGCUCUUAUAUCGGGUAUCAUAAAACAGGGCGAGGAGAGAGGCCGCUGGUUGUCGCAGUGGGAGGAUCACUGCCUUUGCUGCUGAUUCGAAUGGUUUACUCCUUGUUGGAGUGCUUUGGAAGUCACGCUCCAGGCAGUGUUCUUGUGUCGAAUCCUGCGGCGGAGAUUCUGGAACUCUUCCUUGCCAACAUGGAGGAAAUUAUCAUCACUAUUCUUUACAUCGCUACUGGGAUGGCCUUGUACCCAGGUCGAGCUGGUCCAAACAGCUCUGAAGGAGCCGACAACCGGACACGGAAAUUGGAAUACCGGGCUCGGCGAAAUGGGUUGUGAUGCGGGAAGCUUAGUCGAACAUCUAUGCUGGUUGCGCUCGUUUCUGAUGUGCUUUAGGACAAGACUGUCGAGAUCGGGAAAUGCAUCAUCGCCAUCAAGGAGUCUAAGCGACAAAGAUCAUACACUAUAUGCAGUUCGACUCCAUUUUUUAGUAUAAUCUUCACGUACUUUUCGGUUCACUUUCUAGCCUCUUGUUAUCCCGGUACCUGAAGAUUUUAUACAUAGGUGUCAGUGAAUUACGCUGUUUUGCCUCUUCGGUUAUUUCUUCUCCCCUGCUCAUUUCUCAUAAUGUACACUUCAGGUCAGUCUUCCUGUCUGGAAAAGCAUAUCUCUUCGUUUAUUACUGGUCGUUUUGCACCCUGUUUCUAUGUCUCUCCAAGUUAGAUCAACUCAAUUAAUGCCGGAUUGCC